AUGCUUUCAACUUUGUUACUCUUUGGCCUAUUGGGCCUAGUUUCAUCUCAAGACUCGACAUCGACAUCCUCCCGUAGUAUCGUUAUACACCAGGUAGAAGUGGGCACAAGUAGCAUCGGUCGAAUUAAAUAUGAAGAUGGUGAAGUGAUUCUCUAUCCAAAUCAGCGCAAGCCAACCGAUAUCUUUUUCACUCCAUUUCCUCGUGUUGAUCCCUCGAAUAGCGAAUGUCAGGAGAACAUCCUAAGUAGUCAUGUCGAAUUGAGUCUCUCUGUAGAACUUUAUACUCCUCAACUAGUUGCGGUCGAACGACAAGUGGAAAUUACUACAGAACAUAUUACGGAAACAACCAUGUUCAAUCGAAUUCGAUCCCAAUUUCCGCGUUCCGAUAUGGUGACGCUCACGGGUGACGAUUUCAAACAGCUGCUCAGCGAAGUUACCGACAAAAUUACCAUGAAACUGCGUGUUCAAGAGGGCUUCGACAGUCAACUGCAAGAUCCAAUUACUCUCGAUAGAGUACUCGAACGACAGCUACAAUUCAAACAGGUUAGAACAUUUGGAGUCUUUGUUCAUUUGGAGAAAGUGGAAGAUCAACAAUGGGACUCACUCUAUUGGACGCGCGAUCUAACUCGACCGGAUCGUUUGGCUAAAGUAAUCAACACGAUCGUUCGCAAGAACG